CAUAAGUACAGAACACGAUAUCCGCAUUAGCUCCGGAGGCUUCUUCCAAGUCUUCGUCCUCGGUGUCUGAAUCGUCGAGAUCGCUAUUGAUCGCUUCGGAGUCAACAGGUGCUGAUGUCGACGCAACAGGCAGGGGUUGAGGCAACGAGGGAUGCAAUGUCCGGGGAGCAUAAGCUGUAGGAGGCGGUGUCGAUGAAUCCUCAGAGUCAUCCGAAGGGCCGUCUACUUGAGGGACACUGGGUGGCCGAUUGGAUGUUGGGGGUCCAGGGGGAAACGAUAGAAUACUGGUCUGCCCGAGAGGAUUGGGGCGACCAGUAGUCCCAAUGCUAAGUUGAGGCCCUGGAAGGAGCGGUAGAGUGUACUGUGCGCGUGGUUCAAGAUGUGCCGAGAGUCAACAGGUUCAGAUUUGACUGGAGAAGUCGAGCUACUGCUCUGGGGAAGGGCAGAUGGAGGCGGCGGGGCAUAGGCAGAGUGAGGCAGAUAGGGGGCCGCCAUCUGAUGGUGGGGAUGUGGAGGAUAUUGCGUAGCUGGAGGAGCGGCUGGUGCCACGGGUUCAAAGUCAGCUACUCUCGAGGCAAUAACUUUGUCUUCCCAUUUCUAGAGCAAGAACCGUUGCAACCAGUGCGAAAUAAGAGUGGAAUUGCUCACAUGCUGUAAUUCAGCCAGGACGUCCUCCGGGACGCCGUACUCCUCGAACUCGGGUCGAAUGGAGGCAAUGACCUCGUCGAUGACUGCGCGGUAAAUGGAGGGCUCAAGAACGAGAUGUUACCCUGAUAGAAUACUUUCGGGAUACGUUGCUGCUAAGCUCACCACUAUCUUGUUCGACAUUACUGUAUUACAACCGACGGUGGAUUCAGACUGUGUACCGUGGUGAGGGUGGAGAUCAGGAGGUGAGGCCUUUUAUACUAAGCUGACCAACAGGUGAGGCCCGGUCUAGGCCAUCAACCUUUACCGGGCUGUGCCGGGCAUAUUCGGCCCGCUCAAGCAACCUUCCACAACAACUGACAGGAUCUUCCCGAUCAACGCUUUCCGAUAAGCCAAUGCUUGAGGUGGACUCGUGGAAGGUGGAGUGCAUGAAGUGACGUCAUGACCAUUGCUCUAUAAAUUCGUCAUAUUGGAGGGAUCUCCAAUUCUCCAAACCCAAGCCUUUUCACACACAGUCCGAAUCGAUGCCCCUAUUCAAGUCGCAUCCCGCGGGACCUGACCCGGUGGUUGCCGCCGCAGUUUCACACCCACCGCGCAAGGGCGGAGGAUUUUUCUCUCGACAGCGUUCUCCAACCCCGGAGCCUAUCGCACACCAACCAGCGCCCUCCCGAGGCUUCUUCGCGCGUCGACGUUCUUCGGAAGACUCGAGCUUGGGAGGACGCAGCUCAGGCAGCGAUCACUUGGCUCGCACCGCUAGUUUGCGCACUUCAAAUAGCCGGGCUACUGGACGGAAGCCGUUUGACGUCCACAAAGACCCCACGAUCAUAGCUGCGAAGGAAAAGGUUGUAACAGCAGAGAAAGCAGAGGCUGCUGCCGACGCAGCCCUCAAUCAGGCACGCGCCAUGGUCCGCGAAGCCAAAGACCAUGUCCGAUUCCUCGAGAGGGAGGCAGCAGAGGAACAAAAGCGGGCGAGAGCCAAACAGGCGAUAGCGAACGACGUCAGCAAGAGUGCGCGUGGUCUUGGCCGCCACGGGCCGUAACUACUACACAGUACUUAUAUACCCUUCCCUAUGGUUGUAGAUAUCGAUGUAAUUGCGUGCUUCUCAAGGUUUGACAAAGAGAUCCGUGAACUUGUCGA